GAUAUUCCAAUCGCCGGGCACUUAGGCUCAUCACGAAUGUAUUCUAGGAUUAAAGAACAAUUUUAUUGGAAGGGAAUGAGAAGUGACAUAGAAAACUAUAUCAAGAAAUGCAAAUCCUGUCAAGAAAAUAAAGCCCUUAGGAAACUUAAUCGCGCCCCUAUGGAAAUAACCACUACUUCCACUGCACCAUUUCAAAGAAUAGCAUUAGACAUAGUAGGACCCCUACCUGAAUCUGGUACAGCAAAGCUGAAAUAUAUACUCACCAUACAGGAUGAUUUAUCAAAAUACUCUGUCGCUUAUCCGCUACGCAGCACAACAGCUGAAGAAUCAGCUGAUUGUUUAAUCCAUUUCGUCUCUCUCUUCGGUAUUCCUAAAUCAAUACUUACCGAUCAAGGUACUAAUUUUACCUCUGACCUUUUUAAAACCACUUGCCAAUUCUUAAAGAUAAAACUACUCUGGGCAUCACCCUAUCAUCCACAAAAGCAAGGAGCUCUCGAACGUAGCCACUCUACACUUAAAGAGUACUUAAAAUCAUUCAUUAAUAAUAAUCAAGACAAUUGGCCUACCUACGUAUAUACCGCUAUGCUUACCUAUAAUACGACAAUUCAUUCCACUACGAAAUUUACACCUUACGAACUAGUUUUUGGCCAUAAACCAUUCAUUCCAAACUCGAUAUACGAAACUACACCUAAUACAACAUAUUCGGAUUACAUAAGAAUGUUACAACACAAAUUCAAAUUUACUAGAGAAAAGGCAGUAGAAAAUAUUCUAAAAUCUAAGGAACAUUCAAAAGCUUACUACGACAAUCACACUAAACCGCCGCCCAAUUACAAGGUUGGCGACCUAGUUUAUCUUAAGAAUCAUUUACGACUAAGGAAAGCCUUAUCUCCCAUUUGGAAAGGACCAUAUAAAAUCAUAUCGGUUCAUAAUAAUAACACUGUCACUCUUCUUAUAAAUCGGCGUCAUGUGACACACCAUUUCGAUGAAAUAAAACCUGCUGAAAUUUCAUCCGAUGAGCAACACUAAUUCAUAUUUCAUUCUAUCUUUCAGCAUUCCAAUCGAUGCACGAUCGGACUUUGUCGAGCCUUAUCCUUCAAACGCUGGUAUCUACUUCGAUAGCCUGGGAAAACUUAAAAUAAUUAAGAGUAAUUUAAACGUAAUUAGUUAUGUAGAUAUAUCUUUCAUAAAACCUCAUCUUACUAAUUUGAAUGAAAUCAUAGGUACAUUAAGGUUUAACUGUCAAAAAUUUAACUUAACUUCUUGUGAAAACACGCUAUCUCCUUUAACAGCUCGUUUUACAGACGUUCAACGAGAAUAUGAUUCUAUUUAUCAUCUUAUUUCAAAGCGAUACAAACGUAAUGCAUGGUUUGGCGGUAUAGGUACAGUAUUUAAGCACGUUUUCGGCACGCUUGAUGAAGACGACGCUCUUAAAUACGAUUCUGCUAUAGAAUCUAUACAAAAUAAUCAAAAGAAAAUGGCAACAUUAAUAAAAGAAAAUAUCUUAGUUACUACUUCUACCUUAGAGUCCUAUAAAAAUAUUAUAAACAAAUUAAAAACCAAUCAAGAAAUCAUUAAUGAAUCGUUAAUAUCAUUCCUUAAACAAAUAACAAAUAUCACAGAAAUUACAAACAAUUUAAUCAUAGAAACAAAAGUCCAUUCCAUACUUACCAACCUUGAAAGCUCUUUGCUUACAUUAUCGUUUCAACUCGAAGACUUGAUAAACGCAAUUAUACUCAGUAGUCAAAACAUCCUACAUCCUAACAUUGUAACGCCUGCCCAACUAUACCGUGAACUCGCCGAUAACGAUAGGCACCUACCACGGGACACUGGGAUUCCUAUAUCAUUAAGCCUAGAUAAUAUUCAUUUAAUUUUAAGUAUAUCUAAUGUUGCAUGUUAUUAUUUUAAGAAUAAACUUGUAUUUGUUUUGCAAGUGCCCCUCGUUACCAAUGAGGAAUUCAAUUUAUAUCAUACUUUGGCUCUGCCCACUCCUCAUAGAGUGGAUAACCCAAAUAGUUAUAGUUUAAUCUCUCCUACUAGUUCGUAUAUUGCUAUUUCUAAUAGUAAACAAUUAUAUUGUAAUUUAGAUAGUUUACGUAAGUGUAAGACCAUAUACUCUGAGUUCUUUUUAUGCGAAGUACCGGUAAUCUCGACGACAAGUGAUAACCCGAUAUGCGAAAGUGAACUAUUAACGAAAACUGUUAAUGCUAUUCCCAAACGGUGUGUUACCAAAACCAUAUUCGGCGAGCUAGACAUUUGGCAACCACUAAUAAACAAUCGGUGGAUUUUCGUGCAGUCUCGUCCGAAUAAAGUGUCUAUCGAGUGUGGUGUUUCAGAAAUGCGUGAGAUUAUAGUGUCCGGUACGGGUAUUUUAGAUACCCCAAAACAGUGCACAAUCUAUACAAAAAGUGUAAGACUGAUAACUUCAGAUGACUCUUAUAAUAUAAGUAUACCUAGCCCUAUACUAGAUUUUAAUAUUAUCAAUGACUCAUGUUGUCAAAUAAAUUAUAAUUCGAUUAAUAAUAAUACGUCCCUAUUCUUUUCCAAAAUAUCGAUUUAG